UAUUUCUCCAUUUCUCUCCAAAAAGUUUCGGUAGAAUCUUGUUCUUUGCACAUUCGAGGUGGAUUGUAUCGAAUUCUUCAUCUAAUGUGUCUUUGUUGGAGAGAUUUUUUCUAGAUCUAAGUGGAAGAGAAGUGAGAGAAGAAGAACACCGGCUGUAUAUUCGGCGAGGUUGUCUGGCGAUUGAGCAGAAGAUGCUGCUGGAAAUCAGCGGCGAAGAUGAGGAGAAAUGGCUUGCCGAAGGAGUCGCCGGUCUCCAGCACAACGCCUUCUUCAUGCACCGCGCUCUUGAUUCCAACAAUCUGCGUGACGCACUCAAGUACUCGGCUCAGAUGCUUUCCGAGCUGCGCACCUCUAGGCUCUCCCCCCACAAGUACUAUGAGCUCUAUAUGAGGGCAUUCGAUGAACUCAGGAAGCUGGAGAUGUUCUUCAAGGAGGAGACAAAAAGGGGAAGCUCGGUGAUUGAUCUUUACGAGCUUGUCCAGCAUUCUGGGAAUAUCCUGCCUAGGCUGUAUCUCCUCUGCACUAUAGGAUCUGUUUAUAUAAAAUCAAAAGAAGCUCCUUCAAAAGAUAUCCUCAAGGACAUUGUGGAAAUGUGUCGGGGUAUACAAAAUCCAGUUCGGGGUCUCUUCCUGAGAAGUUACCUCUCUCAGAUCAGUAGGGAUAAAUUGCUUGAUAUUGGUUCAGAGUAUGAAGGGGAUGGGGACGGUGUUAUUGAUGCUGUUGAAUUUGUGCUUCAGAAUUUUACAGAGAUGAAUAAACUAUGGGUCCGAAUGCAUUAUCUGGGACCUGUUCGUGAAAAGGAGAAACGUGUAAAAGAGAGGAGUGAGCUUCGAGAUCUUGUGGGCAAAAACCUCCAUAUUCUUAGCCAAAUAGAUGGUGUUGAUCUUGAUAUGUACAAAGAAAUUGUGCUUCCUAGGGUAUUAGAGCAGGUAGUCAACUGCAAAGAUGAACUGGCCCAACAUUAUUUGAUGGAUUGUAUUAUCCAAGUGUUUCCUGAUGAAUAUCACUUGCAGACUCUUGAACUGUUAUUAGGUGCAUGCCCACAACUUCAGCCCACUGUUGACAUCCUGACAGUUCUAUCUCAGCUUAUGGAUAGAUUAUCCAAUUAUGCUGCCUCUAGUCCGGAGGUUUUACCAGAAUUUCUACAAGUAGAAGCUUUUGCUAAAUUGAGCACUUACAUUGGAAAGGUUAUUGAUUCGCAGAGUGAAAUGCCAACUUUUGGUACCAUCGGUUUAUAUGUCUCACUGCUCACAUUUACUCUUCGUGUCCAUCCAGAUCGUCUUGAUUAUGUGGAUGAAGUCCUGGGAGCGUGUGUUAAGAAAAUAUCAGGAAAACCAAAGAUUGAGGAUAGCAAAGCAACUAAACAAAUAGUUUCCCUUUUAAGCGCUCCACUGGAAAAGUACAAUGAUAUAGAUACCGCUUUAAAACUCUCUAACUAUCCAAGAAUCAUGGACCAUCUUGAUAAUGCCACAAAGAAAAUCAUGGCAGUGGUUAUUAUUCAAAGCAUCAUGAACAACAAUACUUGCAUAGCUACCGCUGAUAAGGUGGAGGCAUUGUUUGAUUUAAUAAAAGGGCUCAUCAAGGAUAUGGAUGUGACUUUAGAUGAGUUUGAUGAAGAGGAUUUCCAGGAGGAGCAAAAUUCUGUUGCUCGCCUCAUUCACAUGUUGUACAAUGAUGAUCCAGGGGAGAUGCUGGAGAUAAUUUGCACAGUGAGGAAGCAUGUUCUUCUUGGGGGACCUAAACGCCUUCUUUUCACUGUUCCUCCAUUAAUAUUUUCUGCCCUCAAGCUGGUGAGGCGUUUGCAAGGUCAGGAAAGAGAUGUGGAUGGCGAAGAUGUUUAUGCUACUCCAAAGAAAAUAUUUCAGAUUUUGAAUCAGACCAUUGAGGCACUAUCAUCUGUUCCUUCACCCGAACUUUCCUUGAGGUUGUACUUACAAUGUGCAGAGGCUGCCAAUGAUUGUGAUCUUGAACCCAUUGCGUAUGAGUUUUUUACUCAGGCAUUUAUAUUAUAUGAAGAAGAAGUUGCAGAUUCAAAAGCUCAAGUGACGGCAAUUCACCUAAUUAUCGGAACUCUGCAAAGGAUGAACGUAUUUGGAGUUGAGAAUAGAGAUACACUAACCCAUAAGGCCACAGGGUAUUCUGCAAAGCUUUUGAAAAAGCCUGAUCAGUGCAGUGCAGUUUAUGCUUGCUCACACCUCUUUUGGGUUGAUGAUCAAGAUGGAAUCAAGGACGGAGAAAGAGUUCUCCUAUGCUUAAAACGUGCCUUGAAGAUUGCAAAUGCUGCCCAGCAAAUGGCAAAUGUUACAAAGGGUAGCAGUGGGCCUGUCACUUUGUUUGUUGAAAUACUCAACAAGUAUCUGUACUUCUUCGAGAAAGGAAAUCCUCAUAUUACAAGCUCUGCAAUCAACGGUCUGAUUGAAUUAAUCAUGACCGAAAUGCAAAGCGAUAGCUCAAUUUCAGUUCCAUCUGCUGAUGCGUUCUUUUCCAGCACGCUUCGAUACAUUCAGUACCAGAAGCAGAAAGGUGGCUCCAUUGGCGAAAAGUUUGAACUAAUCAAGGUUUAAUAUAAUCCACAUGCCAAGGUAAUAAAUUCUGUUGAAUUUUGACUUACUGAAACCUACAUAGUUCUAUUUCGGAACCAAAUUGCGGAAACAAAGUGAUUAGUUCAUAAUUUUUUGAAACCUAUCGAAUGAGAUAAUUUUUUUACUGUUUUGUUUAUAUCACAAUCACAAUUUUUAUUUGACUA